UUCUCCCCCCCUCCAUUUUUUGGCAUCAGCCAAUCGGAGGCGAAGACCCGCGCGGUGACUUGAAGAGCCACUCCCGGGCCGAGCUCGCACACAUUCCGGGCGGAAGGAGGGAACGGUCGGAGCGACGCUCAGCUCUGCUUGCAACAAUGUGUGACUUCUCGGAAGAUCAGACCGCCGAGUUCAAGGAAGCUUUCCAGCUCUUUGACCGAACUGGUGAUGGCAAGAUCCUGUAUAGCCAGUGUGGAGAUGUGAUGAGGGCCCUGGGCCAGAACCCCACCAAUGCUGAAGUCAUGAAAGUUCUGGGAAACCCCAAGAGCGAUGAAAUGAAUAUGAAAACACUAAGUUUUGAACAGUUCUUGCCCAUGAUGCAAACCAUCGCCAAGAAUAAGGAUCAGGGCUGCUUUGAGGAUUACGUGGAAGGAUUGAGGGUUUUCGACAAGGAGGGAAACGGCACAGUUAUGGGAGCAGAGAUCCGCCAUGUUCUUGUCACCCUAGGUGAGAAGAUGACCGAAGAGGAGGUAGAGAUGCUUGUGGCCGGCCAUGAAGACAGUAAUGGCUGCAUCAACUAUGAAGCAUUUGUGAGACACAUCUUAUCAGGGUGAAUUCAAAUGGGAGUUGGUGCGGAUGGUCCUCAGCGGCUGAAGAUGACCUCCAGCUUCUUCUCUGAAACCUUCCUCCAGUUUAUCCAUCACAUGAUUGUGCCUUUUUACCUAUGUAUAAAACUGCUUUUGGUUCCCUCCUCUCCAGCCUCUCGGUUUAGUUCUUGGACAGUUACGGGAGAAAAGAGUGACCCAUAAGAAGGGCGCUCCAGAGUAACAGCAAACCCCAGGCUGCCUGGCUUGUAUUGCAUCACUUGAGAAGUGUGUGGCUGAUUCUCCCUCCCAGUUGCUUUAAUAAACUGUUCUGGAACUA